AAAGCGUCAAGUUCAGAUUAAUUUGCAGACAUAAAAAGAUAAGAAUGAAAAACUUUUAAGACUAAUUGUCUUCAGUUUUGGUUGGUUUAUAUCAUGGCUUCAAAGCUUUCACUCAAUAUUUACAGACCAACAAAAAAUGUUACCUAAAACGGCGUUUUGCUCCAUACUGUGGUAAAGAAUUCAGAUGUCCGUCAUUGGCCCAGCAGCCUGUCCCUCAGCUUGUAUUCGGGGUGGUUAUUCAAAGUGACAGCGCUGUGAAAACACAGCAUCACAUUGUGCGGUCUGAGGGGGCGACCUAUUGACUGCUCCAUACGCGCGGCUAUGGAGGCGCUUUUGAUCAUCGCCGUGGCAUGUGCGUCCUUGUCCUGCUCUGUCAAAGGAAGCGACUGGUGGUGGGAAUAUGAGGAGGGAAUACGACACUACAGCAAGGAGGCCCUCAGCAAGGAGUUUCCUGACAAAACGCGACCUGUGAGCUUCAAACAUCCCGUGUUCCAGUGCCCUGACAUGACCCCCUCCCCCUCUGUCCCCUCUUCAGUUGAAUUUGUGAAGGCAGCAGAUAUUAAAGUCAUUGCCGCUUUGGGGGACUCCCUGACAACAGCCAUAGGUGCUAAUGCCACCACUGUGCUUGGGAUCCCUAUAGAGUUUCGCCAUGUGUCAUGGAGCAUCGGAGGUUAUGGGACUUUUCAAGAUGUCAUAACUUUGGCGAACAUCCUCAAAUUAUUCAACCCCAAUCUGCUUGGCGCUUCUCCGGGAAAGACUAUCCAUGGCAUGCAUGCUCACAUCAGUGACACGGGUUUUAAUCUGGCCGUGACUGGACACAACACCUUCAACCUCCCUGGCCAGACAAGAGAGUUAAUCGACACCCUGAGAGGAUAUGAGGGCCUUAACUUUGAAAAAGACUGGAAGCUUCUUACUAUCCUCAUGGGCAUGAAUGACAUCUGUGAUUACUGCAAAGAUAAGGCUCUGUAUUCGGUGGACAACUUUAUUCACUACAUGACCCUCUCUCUGGAAAUGCUUCUGAACGAGGUUCCCCGUAUGAUCGUCAACGUGGUGCAGAUCUUGCCCAUGCAUACUCUGAGGGAGGUGCAGAAGCCCACGCCAGGGUGUCUUCUACAGCGCUCCUUCUGCUCAUGCCUGAUAGAACCAGUGUCCAGAUCUCCUGAACUUCAGGAGCUUGUUGAGGUCAAUCUGGAGUUUCAGAAAAGACUUGAGAAGCUGCUGUACAGCGACCGCUUCUUCAGGGAGGAUUUUGCUGUUGUUCUCCAGCCCUUCCUGAAACACGCUGACCCUCCUCGCCUCCCGAAUGGGAAGAUUGACAUGACCUUCUUCACGCAUGACUGCUUCCACUUCACCAUAAAGGGACACGAGGAGCUGGCCAAAGGACUGUGGAACAACAUGUUUCAGCCCGACGGAGGAAAGGUGAUCGUGAGCAGCUUUUCUGAACCCAUCAGUCUCAACUGUCCGCCUUCGGAACACCCGUAUAUCUACACCCGGCCGGUCGCAGCAAAGUCGAGUCGCACUCUUCUUCCCUCCAAGGCUAAUUCGCUGGCAGCCAUCAUCCUGCUGCUCCUGCUGCAUGUGACCUAAACCCAUCUCAGAUUUCCAGUUCUGGUCAGAACCUUACAUACAUUUAUGGGGAUGAAGGUUCUUAAUUAUUUUGGGCUUUUAAUAAAAUAUUAGACAACUGUUUUUUGCCAUGAUAGUAAGACAUAACAACAAGCACCUUCAGUAGUUUUUAAGAACAAGAACUGGGUGCACAGAUUUGAAGCUAAUGAGGACUUUUUCUAAUCCACUCAUGAUCAAAAUGACACAAUCUUCUAUUAGUGUUUACUUAAAUGUUGUCAACUACUCUAUAAUGGGUGUUUUCAAGAAUCACACAGUUUACCCUCAUGCUGUGGGCCCGUUUUGGUACUGGUGCGUUACACAAAGGGAAUGGAAUCAUGAACACAAGGAAGUAGCUCCAAAUUCGUUGAUUUUUAUCAAGCAUAUGGGUAGAUGGUUGACACUUGGACAUGGCUGGGCGUUCCAACAGGUUUAGGUACGCAGGUUAGCUUUUAGCUUCUGGAACAGCCGGAAUCCUGUUGAAAACUUGUGAGAUAUGCUUAAGAUCCAAGUCCAUGCUAGGGAGCUUAAGUAAGCUCUGCCAUUACUGCUAGGAAGAGAGGUCCAGUGUUGUGCCAGAAUUAUACCAGCUGCUUGUAGAUGUUGGCAAAACACAUGUCUGUUCUCUACAAAAGAUACUUAUUAGUUAGGUGUUUGAAUUUUCUUGCAUCCUCAUGUACAAUCUGGGUAAUUUCUGGACUUAAUUUACAAUAAAUUCUUACUUUUGCAUUUAAUUAUAUAUAUAUAUAUAUUUUGAACUUGUGUUUUGCAUAAUCUUUAAUCCACGAAGACAACGGUUUUAAAUGAACUAUUAAAAGCCCCGGAUAUAUGAUGAACUUCUGACCCAAUGUUGUAUGGAGCUGUUGCUUUCUUGUCCUAAUGUAGGUCUCUCCAUCGAUGCGGUCUCUGAGUGAGCCACAACGCCACUUUGAAUGUCUGAGCAUCACUUGGGAAGAUUCCAGCAGUUGUUUUUUUUACAACACAAUGAACCCGUCUUUAGCAGAUAGACUUGGAGCUGGCGGAGAGGUUUAGCCGUUGUAGACAAUGACUACUUUGUGUAUUUUUGAGGAGAAAUUACCGGCAUGUGUCGUCUGCCUUCGGAAAUGUGUAUUUAUUUCACACAGAUGUUAAUAAAGACGGACGAGUAAAACUUUUAAA